UCGCAAAACAGAAACAAAAAAGAAAAAGCCGAGUUCUUUCGGUAUUUUCCUUGCGAACUCAGUUCCCGCAAAAAAUCCUGGGUGUUUGCACAAUCUAUUCUUCGACACAACUUCGAACGUUUUCUGUACGGUGCUAUUGUACCACGUGCUCACUCCAUUUCUAUUUCGCAGCAACCACCUCCAACUUCUACUAUUUUCAAUCAUGAAGAUCGCCAACCAACUUUUUACUCUUUUCGUUGCCCAUCAGGCCCUCUCCGCUUCGGCCUUUGCACCCGCCAACAACAACGUGCUGAAGACGACCACCACGGCCUUGAACUACAAGAUCAACGAGAGCGAAAAGUUCCAACAAGAAGAACUCACCAAAGCCGCCGAUCUGAGGGCUCUGAGACACGUGUUGAAGAAGGGACCUUCCAAUUCGGGUGCUUCCGCCGCUUCGUCUGCCCCCCCGAAGCCAGAGAUGGGCGGGCUAAAGAAAUUUGAUCUCGCCGCUGCCAAGAAGGCACGAACUCCUAAAAACCUCGGAGCCGUUCGUGGCGCGUUUCAGUCCUUGACCAAUUCGAAAUCCAUCAAGAGCAUCCAGGGUGGAAAGUGCCUCAAAACAUGGAAUAUCAUGAACAACGAGAUCGACCGUGUCUCAGUUAUGAUCAACAAUGAGGGCGUUCCGUUGUCGGCACAAGUCGAGGUCUGGCAGGGACCCGAAUCGACUCCCAUGCGCAUCCAGGUCGCCUCUGACGACGGCUGCACAUAUCCAUUCUCGGCCGUUCUGGAGACCCCCAACACGCACAACUCGGUUGCCGUAAAGAACAUGUCUCCCAUGGAAUUUGCCAUGGGAGCCUGUGUGGUAGCCGAUGUCGAGGACGCCAGAGCCGGCGGCGGCAAGCAAGCCGGUCAGGGUGCCGUCGUUCGAGCCCUGGCCGAUCUGGGCGAGCCCUUCGUAGUACACGGAAGCAACGGCGUCGAAUCGUUCCAGUUCGAAGACACCGUUGAAUCCAUCCAGCUCCACCUUCAAACCGACGGACGUCCUCUCCACGCCCGCGUCGAGCUCAUCCAAGGGCCCGACGACAGCAAGCAGGUGAUCGAUAUCAUGUCCGACAACGGCCUGGAACAACCGUUCUUUGCCGUCAUCGAUAGCCCUACCCUCUCUAUGGGAGGCGGUGCCACCGUCCGCGUUAUCAACACGGCUCCUUCUACCGUGUUCCCCCUGACCGCGAUCGUCGAACCCUACCUGGUCACCGACGACUACGUGCCUCCCAGCACUCCGGAAAUCGGAGUCGACAAGUCCGAGGAUCUCUUCUUUCUGAGCACCGACGACGACGAUGCCGGAUGCACGAUUUAAACACAACGAAACGCAUGUUUCGGCGAUGAUUCAAGGGGAACAAAAACGACAUCAUCGAAACAAAAGAUCGAACGCUGCAGGGGACGGCGAGAGCAACAAGAAGGCACAGCCGAGCAGUCGAUUGGAACAGGAUUCGAUCUGCAUCCCAGCGCGACGACCACGUUGUAUAAUACAAUACAUAGUAGCUC